CUAGUUCUGUAGUUCAUUCUAAUAUCUUUGGACGCUUGUACCCUAUUGUGUUUUUCCUCUUCUUUUUUCGUAUAUUCUUUGAUUUUAAUAAGAUAUGACGCUAAUUAUGUAACUUAAAAAGUGUCACGAAUAUUGUACUCUAAAAUUUGAUAGCCUUUAAACCAAAAUUGGGUUAAGCUUCCGGCGAACUAUUCUGAGCUGAUAUUUUUAUUUGCACAAGUCAGCUGAUUUUCUUUUUUAAUCCGUCUUCUAAAAUUGGGUCCUGGAAUAAGUAGUUCUAUUUUAAUUGAAGCUGAACGAAGAUCGACAUUCCUGCCUACAGGGCUAUAGUUCUCCAAUAUGCCUGAUCAAACGAACAUGGAUUUUCAAUUAAAAUGGGGUGUGGCCGGCGUGGGUAUGAUAGCUCACGACUUCCUUACUGCGCUGGGCACGCUACCUGCUGACCAGCACAAGGUCGUCGCCGUGGCCGGCAAAGAUCUAGAACGUGUCCACAGAUUGGCUACGCUCCACAAAAUCAACACUGCCUACGAAGGCUACGAGUCACUGGCGCGUGAUGACUCUAUAGACAUUGUAUUCGUGAGUGUGCUCAAUUUGCAGCAUUACGAAAUAACUAAAUUAAUGUUAGAGAACGGUAAACACGUGCUAUGCGAAAAGCCUAUGGGCAUGACUUACAAACAAACUAAAUCGCUGGUGGACCUGGCUCGCGAGAGGAAACUGUUCCUCCUUGAAGGGAUGUGGUCGAGGUUCUUCCCUGCUUACGACGCUUUGGAUCAGCACAUAUCUUCAGGCGGGCUUGGGGACAUCUAUCACAUCAGCAUACAGUUUGGGGUUGAGAUUAACGACAUUGAAAGAAACUUAAUGAAGGACUUGGGAGGUGGUGCUGUGUUAGACUUGGGCAUAUACAUGUUGCAACUGGUGCAGUUUAUAUACAAGGACCCGCCUACAGACAUCGUGUGCACGGGCCACCUGAGCAAGGCCGGGGUGGACGAGUCCAUCUCGUGCGCGCUCAAGUACAAGGACGGCAGGACCGCCACACUGUCCGCGCACACACGAGCCAAUAUGACCAACAAGGCGGAGAUCGUGGGCACAAAGGGGGCAAUUACGCUAGACUAUUUCUGGUGUCCCACGGUGCUACAAAUAUCGGCGGCUAACAAUACCGAGUGGAGUUUACCCAAAGGAAAAUACAAGUUCCAUUUCCAUAACAGCGCAGGCCUCAGUUACGAGAUACAAGAAUGUUGGGACUGUCUCAGUAAAGGCCAGCUAGAGAGUCCAAAGAUGACAUUGGAUGAAACUGUUUUGCUCUCGAAAUUAACGGACACCAUGCGAGCUCAAGUCGGCGUCCUGGAGACCGAACUAAAUUAAAGGGAACAAUUUGCCUGAUAUACUGGCAGCUCCAAACUUUUAUAAUGUUAUACUUAAUACUACUUAAAGUUCUGCUUUAAUUAUUUUAUAAAUAAAUGUACCAAUAAGUGCCAGUCGAGGAACAAAUGCUACGCGUUGUGAUAUUUUACAUUAAUUCGGCCCAUUGUAUACAAUAAAAGUUACUUAAAGUACAGUAUUUACCUCAACUAACUGUGAUUAUUAGUGUGUUGUGAGAUGGUUGUUAAAUGUUAAUAUAAAAAUAUAUACCGCACGAAAUCUGCAA